UGGUAUAUGCGUUGCAUGGACAUCACCCAUGACUCCAAGACUGCGAGACCAUACAGAUGAUAGCCCAUUGACUGAUAAAAUAAGUGAUUCUCAAGACGGAUGGAUAAGUUCUCUUUUGCCUGUCGGUGCUAUAAUUACUUGUACCAUUGCUGGGCCACUGUAUAACCGAAUCGGGCGAAAAUGGACACUCCUAUCAAGUUCGUUUCUAUUUGCUGCUUCGUUUAUUCUGCUGAUACUGGGGAAAAAUAUUUGGUUUAUAUACGCAGCUCGUGUUUUGCAGGGAAUGGGCGGGGGACUUGUUGCUACAACUACACCAACGUAUAUUGCUGAAACUUCCACCGAUAACCUAAGAGGGGCUAUGGGAAGUCUUAUGACAAUUCUUAUGAUUGGUGGUAUUUUGUUCGUUUACUGCAUUGGUCCAUAUGUUCGUUACCUUACGUUACAGUGGUUCUGCUUGGCUACUCCGAUUAUCUUCUUUGUGACAUUCAUUUUUAUGCCUGAGUCACCAUACUUUUAUGCACUUAAAAAACAAAGUCAAAAAGGUAUAAAAUCACUUCAGUUCCUACGAGGUCAGUCUCCGAAAACAGCUGAAGAAGAAAUGUCAAGAAUUCAAAAAGCAGUAGAUGGAGAUAUGUCAAAUAAAGGCAACAUCAGUGAAAUAUUCAAAAAUCGUGCCUACAAGAAGGCGUUUGUCAUUUGCAUUGGUCUGCUAACAUUCCAACAGUUUAGUGGCACAACAGCAGUGACUUUCAAUAGUCAUUCAAUUUUUACCAGUGCUGAAUCAAAAUUGGAUCCUGCUAUUGCCACAAUAAUUAUGGGUCUAGUACAACUUGUUGCCAAUUUAAUCACUCCUUUGGUUGUCGAUCGUGCUGGACGAAAAAUAAUUCUUAUGAUCUCAGCUUUGGGAAUGUGUUUAUCCUUAGUUGCCUUGGGAACAUUCUUUUACAUUCAAGAAUUUAGUGAUCCCUCAAGCAUUUUAUGGAUUCCCAUUCCAGCUUUAACCGUUUUCUAUGCCAUGUAUGCACUUGGAUUUGGGCCAAUUCCAUCUAUAAUUAUGGGAGAAAUUCUUCCAUUGAAUAUUAAGUCAACAGUUUCAUCUUCUGCAACUACAUUCAAUUGGAUAACAACAUUUAUCGUAACUCGUUGGUAUCCAGAACUAAAUGCUUUAGGUUCUUACAUAGCUUUUUGGUUAUUUGGAGGCUUUUGUGCGGCAGCUUUCUUUUUUGUUCUAUUUGUUGUGGUGGAAACAAAAGGACUUAGUUUGCAGAGAAUUCAGGAAAAAUUACAUUCAGCUUGAUUUUUAUGUUUUAAGUUUAUCUUUAAUAUUAUUUUUUUAUGUAAGGAAACUAUUUUAAUGCACUUCAUUAAUAAA